AUGUGCUACUAUCUGUUCACGUACUGCGAAUUCCGGUGUGGGCAUCAGGUCCCCACCAGAAGACACUACCUCGACUGCAAUAGGACGAUGUGCAAAAUCAGUGUGCGCCACAAGACCUUCGAGCACGACUGUCUUGGGGGAUGUGACCAAGAAAUGUUAGUCGACCAACAUCUCGUGAUGGAGAGGCGCCACGGUGAUUGCGACGCAUGCCGCGGGGUU